AUGCCGCGCAUUCCGGUUCGAGUGGAGCCGUACAGUUCGCCUUCACGUCAACAUCGUCAUUACAAGAACAAGCGCGAUCAGGUGCUGCGCGCUCUGGGAAAGGCAGCGUACAUCAACGGCUCGCACUUUGCCAUCAUGUGGGUUUCCGCACGCGGCGACGUCGAGACGUACGCCAGCGAGGCGUUGCAAACGCGCCUCGACGAUUGGUUUGUCAAAGGCGGCAUCGCUGAUGAGGCGAGGCAGCUCGUGAAGAAUUCAGCACGUCCAGGCGCUCCUGCAUCGACCGACGUUCAGGUAUUUGAAGAUUCCGAUGACGAAGUAGACGAGCCACAAGAGGGCGAGGAUGCCAAUGUGUUUUUGGACACUUCUGCCAGCCAACAUGACGCCGAGAGUUGCCAUGCUAAAGCGAAACCAAAACGUGGCGCUUUGGCUCCGUUGAAUACAACGAUUGCCAACCAGUCGUUCUUGAGAAGCAGAGCUUCGUGGCCUACUCAGCCUUGGUCGCAAGACGAUCAGCUCGCAGCGCCCAAAUCCGCGCCUCUUUUCCCUUGCUCGACGCUAGCCACAUUUGCGCAAUCGCGCCGUAACGAGAACGACGCCCCACGAACAUCAACACCGAUUGUAUCGGCUUCAGCGCGCAUGCUUUCGCGCAACAGCAUAUCCACUUGCUCAGCGUCCACAUCCUCGCUUCAAGGCUCGCCACCAACCGUCGAGAUCACACUCGCCAAUGCCGCUGCACGAACCGCGUUUCUCGAGCUGCGUUUCGGCCAGCUCCAACAGGGCGUCUGCAAAACCGUCGCGAAAGCGUGGAUCAAAAUCAUCGAGCCGAAAAAGCAAACGCGCUGCCCAUACAACAAGGGCGAAGCCGGAAAACCUGACUGGUGGCCCGAAGGCGUCCGCCACAAGGAGCCAGACCACCUCAUGAAACCGGAACGUCACCUUUUGCUACUCACCAUCCUGCGAUCGCCCAAGGUCAAGGUGGCACGCCUGCAGCUUGCCACCGCCGAGGUGGUGGCGCUCAUCAAGGCGGACAAGGUGAGCUUGUUGAUGGAUGUAUAUCGGAUUGCGAGGGAGGAGGAAAAACUAAGGGAGAGCGGCGGCGAUGCGCAAGCCGAGCCGAUAAGCGUCGGAGUGAGCACCCUGGAUGGCUGGUGCAAAGAAGGAAGCGAGAUGACCAGUCACGGACGACAGAUUGCCAGGAGUGCUACGCCGGAAGCGUCAGCUGGCGCAGCAUCCUCAUUGGCCUGCAAUGUGGCUGGUGGUGACAAGCGCAAGAGGAUCACCGGUGCAGCCGGUUCGAGUCGCAUGGUCAAGUCGCACUCCACUGGUGCAGUUGGCGCUGGUCCACCACACAAGAAGAGGCGCAGCAUCGCCACGAGCACGUUGAGUGCCCAAGUGCGCACUGAACCGCUUGCGCGUUCGACACCGACCACACAUGCCAUGAUGGACGGCGCCAUGUUCGACGCGACCGCGCACCAACAGAACCACCUCAUCGGACUCGGACUGGUAGAUCCCGUCGCUUCGAACGCAGGUGCAAUGGGCAUGGCGCGAUCCCACUCGUUCUCGGCACCUAGCGCACCUUACCACCACACCAGCAACGAAGCUCCAAUGCAACGUGCACUGGGCCAAGCGUCUUCGUCGGCCGAAACCUCACCAUGGCCACACACAUACGCGUUGGCCUCGUCGACCGCCAGCACCGAAGUCAACGGCUUGGCCACGCCGCUCACAGCCACCUCUGCGAUCGACGCUGGCUUUGCCACCGCGACUCACCCAGCGCACCCGACGUUCUUCUACACUCAAGCCGCCAACUUUUCCUACCCUGCACCACACGCACAUGCGCACUCACAAGCACACGCUGAAAUGUGCCAACUCACAUCGGCCAUCAACACCCUGCCCUUCCAAGCGAAUGCUCUCGGCCUGGACAACUGGGCAUUGGCCAACUUUGACCUGCACGACCUCUCGUCUUCGUCCUGGAAUCGCGCCGCACUCGGGCACCGACGAGAGCUUCUCGUUCGAUACCAGCAAUGGGCCUCGGCGGCUACUGGUGCAGACUCAGCCCAUGUAGGCGCGCGGACCCCGUCUCCCGGACCCGCAUUGCGCCUCGAUAUCCCCACGAAACCUGCGUCCGACACAGCCGAAGCGCACCACAUCGCACCGCCUUGCGCACCGCAUGACCACCACACCUACUGGCUCCACCACACCUCUCAACGCCAACAGCCCCACGCGUGA